UGUCAAAUUAAAAUCAUGUCAAACGAACUUAACCUCAAAGACGAUUUUAAACUGGUUACGUAUAAAAAUAAAGGUCGAAAUCAAAAGAAAACGUUGGAAUUAAAAUCGAAAAUUGAUAAAGAUUUCGCCCCUGUCGAUCCUGACUUAAUAAAACGACGCAUUUUUGAAGCAAAGGAUGAUUUGUGCUCGUCGGAUUUGUACGAUUCGUUUCGGGCGUCAAUGCGGGAAGGUUUAGAUUGUUUGGGAAAUAAAACGGUUGAGGAAAUUGUUUGUUUCGGAUUGGGGAGAUUUAGCGAGUGCGUUAUUUCCCGAUAUCAAUUAGCACUGUUAUUGAGUUUCAAAGAAACGUAUUCUUGUAAAGUUUACGUUUAUGACCCGAUUUUUAGUAAAAAUGAAAUCGAUUUAUUACUUAAAUUAGAUUUUGAAGUUUUAAAUGAGAAUACUGAAGGGAAAUUUAAAGUAAAAGGGGAAGGUUUGAGUUUAUUUUAUUUACCGCAUUGUCCGAAAGAGUUGAGUAAUAAUUUGGUUUGGAGCAAUUGGGGUUUAAAUUUAAGCGCUUGUAUUAUAAUUAGUAAUAGUUUUAAUGGUAUUAUUGAGAGGAAUAAUGCUAAAGAUUUAGAGAAUAAAGCAGGGUUUAUUUGUAAGAUUUUACCAUACACUUUAGAAUUAGCUGUAAUUAAUUCUUUUAAAUAUUUUGAGGUUUUUAAUGACACAGCCAUUCAUAUCUUUCCCAUUAAUAAUUUAAAAUUAAUAUCAAACGAUUUUUGGGUUAUUUCUGAGAAGGAGCCUGAGUAUAACUCAAACGAUUUAGAAUUUAUUACAAAAAAUUUAUAUUAAAUUACUUUGUUAAAAUUAAAAAUGAAUUAACUGCUUUUAUAAAAAUUUGAUUAAAUUUGUCAUAUAUGGUUACGCCAUCUAGUAGUAGGAGAAAGAGUCAUAACUGUCAUAAGUCAAGUUAAAGUUAUGUUAGCAAUAAAGUUGAGGCGUAGUUAUAUAUAUGUUAUUUUUAAUAAACGAUUUUAAAGUAAAGUAACAAUAGUUACUACAUAUAUCUAUAAACUAAUAAAACGUACAUAUGUUUCAAAAGUAGUGAUUUAAAAAAAGAUGCGUAAUUGGUUGCAUAUACUAUACUUUA